CAGAGCCUACAACAACAACAGUCACAACUACAGAGCCUACAACAACAGUCACAACCACAGAGCCCACAAAAAUAACAGUCACAACUACAGAACCCACCACAACAACAGUUACAACUACAGAUCCAACCACAGCAACAGUCACAACCACAGAGCCGACAACAAAAGCUUCAACUACAGAGCCGACAACAAAAGCUUCAACUACAGAGCUGACAACAACAGUCACAACUACAGAACCCACCACAACAAUAGCCACAACCAUAGAACCCACCACAACAGUUAGUAGAAUGACAACUGAGCUUUCAACGACAGAUACGCCGGACAUAGCCGCUUCAACGGCUACAUUAGCAGUUGUCGAGUGUGGCUGCCCAUUACAGGCCUCCCAUGCUGAGCUUAACCUAACAACAACAACCACUGGCUCCGUGGCAACAUACCGUUGCAAGAAGGGGUUUCAGUCCGCGAGCGGGACCACAAGUCUUACGUGUGGCAGCGACGGAGAAUGGAAGGGUACAUUACCAAGCUGUGAAGCCAUUACACCCUGUAUCCGGUUCUGUGGCUUUGGAAGCUGUUUUGUGGAUGACGGCACUCAGAAGUGUGACUGCAACACAGGAUACGGUUUUUUCGGCCUUUCCCAGUUUUGUCUAGAUGUCAAUGAAUGUGAAAACGGUUUGGAUUAUUGCUUGGGACGACCAGCCUGUGGGUCUAACGCAAGGUGCAUCAACUCUCCGUACGGCUCGUACACGUGUCGGUGUCCCAGCGGCUAUACUGGUGAUGGGAGGACAACGUGUGAGGGCCAAGUAUAG